AUGGAGGCAGCGCGAUGCUGGGCUGAGGGCGUCUCCGCCCGCCCCGCCCUCGGCGGGCAGCGCUCCGCGAGGGGAUUGGCUCCCGGGGGACCAAUCACAGAGCUCGCGUGGAAAGAGAAGCCCGCGGUCCGCGCCUCCUGCGCCCGAGCCCUGGAGCUCGCCGCGCUGACUUGCGGAGGUUUCCAUAAUGUGACCCGAGAGCUGAGCUCUCGUGAGGACGACAUGGCAUAUCCUCAUGGGCUCAAGUUCAACCUGCUGCAGAUCCUGAAACAAUUCAACGCCAGUGAGUUCAGCCGCUUCAAGGCCUUUCUGCGGGCAUAUCCCCUGCCACGUGGUCUUCACUUUCCCCAGUUGCAGACCGAACUGUCCAAUCCAGAACAGCUACUGGGCAUCCUCCUCCAAUGCCCCAGGGACUGGGUGGGGAUGGUGACCAUCCACAUCUUGGAGAAGAUGUGCCGCAGUGACCUGGCAAAGAGAGUGAAGGAUGAACUCAGAAGUGAAGAAGAGAAAUACAGACGUGCAUUGGAAAACAGACUUUAUAAUUUAUGGAAGGACAACUUUUGGCCUGGAAACAGUGAAAAUGUCCAUGUUGUCACAGAAGGAUACAAGGCUCUCCUCCCACUCUGUAACCCUAAGAAAACAAGAAGGCCAGCUGGUCACACACUGGUGUUACACGGCCCAGCCGGCUUUGGCAAAACCACACUGGCAAAGAAGUUAAUGCUGGAAUGGAUGGAGGGCAUCCAGGGCCAGGUGUUCCAGGGCAUCUUCUACCUCAGGUGCCGAGAGCUCAAUCACAUGUCGCCCUGCACUUUUAUGGAGCUGAUCUCCAAGGGCCAUCCCGAGUUGGAGAAUGACAUCCAGAAAAUCUUGCAAACGGCGGAGGAAGUCCUGUUCGUGGUGGAUGGUUUUGAGGAGCUGAGGGUCCCUGCAGGGGCGCUGAUCCAUGACAUCUGUGGUGACUGGAGAAUGCAAAAGCCAGUGCCCGUCCUCCUGAGUAGUUUGCUCAAGAGGAAGAUGGUCCCGAAAGCCAAGCUCCUGGUGACCACCCGGCCCCAGGCCUUGCAGGAGCUCUUCAUCUUGGUGGACCAGCCACUCCUCCUAGAGGUGGAGGGCUUCUCUGAGCAGGACAGGCACGCAUACUUCCUGAAACACUUCGGAGAUGAGAAGCGGGCACUGCGUGCUCUCGAGGCCGUGAAGGGCAAUGCUGCCCUGUUCCGCAUGGGCUCGGCUCCCGCCGUGUGCUGGGUGGCCUGCGCGUGUCUGGAGCUGCAGAUGGAGAGGGAGGCCGACCUGGCUCUGACCUGUCAGACCUGCACCUCCCUGUUCCUACAGUUCCUCUGCAGCCAGGUGCCUUCUAGUGACUUCCGCAGCGAGCAACUCCGGACCUCCUUAGAGGCCAUCUGUCUCCUGGCUGCCCAGGGCCUGUGGACACAGCUGCCCAUAUUCUGUAUAGGAGAUCUCUGGAGACUUGGUUUGAAGGAAUCUGACCUUUAUCCCUUCGUGCAGAAGCACAUCCUCCAGAAAGAUGGGAACUGCUUCUUCAUCCACCUCAGCAUCCAACAGCUGCUGGCUGCCAUCUUCUACAUUCUGAAGCCUGAGAAGGAAGAUAGGGACAGGCCCAAGAGGGACAUUGGUGAUGUGAGGAGGCUGUUCUCCAGGGAAGAGAGAGUCAAGAACCCUAACCUGGUCCAGGUGGGGCUCUUCUUAUCCGGUCUCUUGAAUGAAAAGCUAGUCCAAGAGCUGGAGAUGACUUUUGACUGCCAAACAUCAAGGAGGGUGAAACGGGAACUAUUGCAGUACAGGUCAGAGAACAAUAAACCCUUCUUCUCCCUGACGGACCUGAGGGAGGUGUUCGCCUGUCUCUAUGAAUCUCAGGAGGAGGAGCUUGUGAGGGAAAUCAUGGCUCCCUUCGAGGAGAUGACCCUGCAACUGAAAACCAGCGCGGACCUCAUGUACUCCUCAUUCUGCCUGAAGAGUUGUCCAGGCUUGCACAGGCUGUCCAUACAGGUUGCCAAGGGGGUCUUCUUGGAAAACAAUAUGGCGAUGGAGUCCAAAGCUCAGGAUGACAGGCCCCAGAAUGAUCAGCGCCUGCUUUCUUUGUGGACAGACCUUUGCUCCGUGUUUGAGUCAUGCAAAAAGCUAAUCUUUCUGGACAUCAGCCAGAGCUUUUUCAGCAGCUCAUCACUUCAGAUUCUUUGCGAAAACCUGACCUCUGCUCCGUGCCAUUUGCAAAAAGUGGUCCUCAGAAACAUUUCUCCAGCUGAUGCUUUCCAGAAUCUCUGCCUGGCUUUUAGUGGCUGCGAGAGCCUAACACACCUGACCCUCCAAGAUAGCAACAACCAGAUCUGUGUGCUUCCUUCACUGUGUGAGGUGCUGAAGCACCCCAAAUGCAACCUACAAAAAUGCAGGCUGGGAUCUUGUUCUGCCACCACUCAACAAUGGGAUGAUUUCUUCCUGACCUUGCAACUCAACCAGUCCCUGGUGUGCCUGGGCCUGGAAGACAGCAAGCUGACGGAUGAGGGUGCCAAAAAGUUGUGCAACACUUUGAAGGACCCACAGUGCUUCCUGCAGAGGCUGUUGUUGGAGAACUGCCACCUUACCCAAGCCUUCUGCAAGGAGCUGUCUAACACACUGAUGGCCAACCAGACACUGACACACCUGAGCUUGGCCAAGAACAGCCUUGGAGAUGGUGGGGUGAAAGACCUGUGUGGGGGCUUGUGCCACCCCGAGUGUAAACUACAGACUCUGGUGCUGCAGAGGUGCUCCAUCACUGCCAUCAGCUGCAGAGACCUCUCUGUGGCCCUCAGGUGCAACCAGACCCUGACCACUCUGGACCUGAGUCAGAACUGCUUGGGAUUCGAUGGAAUAAAGACACUGUGUGAAGGUCUGAGAGAUGGAACCUCUUCUCGCCAGACACUGAGGUUGAAAAUAAGCGAUGUUAAUGCUGAAAUGCAGAAGUUUCUGGAAGAGGUUGAAAAGAGCAAUCCGAAACUGGACAUUCGCAGUGACCAUGGUGAUCCCAAGAGCAAAAGUCUAUCUUCUCGUGAUUUCUUCUUCUGA